AGCUCCUGCUCUUACUGUGGCCAAGACACCUUUAGCCAUCGACCGAUCUGUCAUCUACUCCGGAGCGAGUGUAAUACACGAGCGAGACGGUGACAAGUACGUAACCUGUUUCCGCCUUUCCGCAAUGAGAGGAAGCACUCUUCCAAUCAUGGUGGUGGUGUGGCUGCAGGCCCGACUCGCGGCUGCCACCUGCGGCGGCGGCCACGCGCCCGUCGCGGGCUACUUCAACAGAUUCCUGUUCAAUACUCGAUUCUCUAACAACAUUAGUGCGGCGCGCGCCGAGCACAUGCUGCGCGGGAGCGCGCGCAGUCAGCGGUUGCGCGCCGCUGCAUCUGCUCCACUGCGCCGGGACGUAAUCCUCAACAACCCUUACCACGUUAUGGACCACAUCCUGGAGACCAGCCAACAGGUGCGCUCUAGUGGAGAAGACCAGCUGCGCCGCCACUACAACUACAUCAAACUGACGGGCGAGGCCGUGGAGCUCGAGCGGCGCACUAAUACGUUCCAAGAGGUCGCGGUCACUAUGAGUCUACCUUCAACUGCGCCCGAACCACCGGCUGGGCGGCCGGCCGAAGAUGCCUACCUAGUGCCGCUGCUGGACAUCGUGACCGGACGGCGCUCCGCUAGCGAGCUAUUCGCCGCACCAGGCGACCUGACCGACUCCAUCGCCACAACCACUGCGACCACUACCGGUAUCGAGAGGGACUUCGCAGACUUGAAGAACUUCCAGAAGCGGAAGACCGCCAAACAAGAUCUCACGAUCCCCCUCAUUUUACCCUUGCAGCCGCCACACUAGUGUUCCUGUAGCGUGUGCCACACCUCGACAAGUAAGUAUCAGAAGUUAGUUAUUAAGAUACUUAAUUAAAGUUAUU